AUGCCAUCCCUCUUCAACACCCUCCUCUUCACCCUCGGCGCAACCACCACCCUCGCGCAAUUCGUGACGCCGCCCACGAAUCUGACCACCAAAGUCGGCCACGCAAAUGUCACGCUCCGCUACAAGGCCGUCCCGCCAGGGAUAUGUGAGCUGUCGCCCCUCUACAAAUCCUACUCCGGCUACGCAGAUAUCUCGUCAACAUCACACAUCUUCUUCUGGUUCUUCGAGGCCCGCGUGCCGGAUCCUUCCUCCGCGCCUCUCACAGUCUGGAUCAAUGGUGGCCCUGGAUCCUCCUCCAUGAUUGGUUUGUUCCAAGAAUUGGGCCCCUGUGGCGUGGGACCCGAUCUAAAACCUUUCAACAACGAGUUCUCGUGGACGGCAACCAGCAACAUGAUCUUCAUUGAUCAGCCGUCCAUGGUGGGAUUUUCGUAUAGCGACCCUGUAGUCCCGGCGUUCAAAGACGAUAAGGGAUAUAUUGUGGAAUUGCCUGAGAACAAGUGCCCUAGUUAUGUAGAGGAGAAGUAUGGAGGGUGCGGGACGUGGUCGAGGGCGAAUCUGGAGCGGACUGUGAAUAGUACAACGGCGGCUGCAGAUGGGAUGUGGAGAACGCUGCAAGGGUUUUUGGGCGUUUUCCCAGAGUAUGGGAAGGCGGGAGUGAAUUUUGCGACGGAGAGUUAUGGAGGUCAUUACGGCCCCCUCUUCAACGCCUAUAUCCUCGACCAGAACGAGAUGAAUCUCCCAGACACCAUACCCAUUGACCUCCGCUCCGUGCUAAUCGGAAACGGAUGGUUCGAUCCUCUCGUCCAAUACGAAGCCUUCUACAACUUCAGCGUCAACCCGGGAAACUCAUACAACAUUGCACCCCCCAACGAUACCGUCCGCGAGGAAUGGUACAACAACAUGUACGGCCCAGGAAACUGCUACGACCAAACUAUACAAUGCUACGAAUCUGGCCGCGAUGACGUCUGCGCGCGCGCCGACAGCUUCUGCUACGACAAAGUCGAGUACGUGUACGACGAGUAUACUGAAGGUCGCGACGAGUACGAUGCGCGAUAUCUCACUCCCGAUCCAUUUCCAUACUCGUACUAUGUCGAUUACUUGAAUCUUCCGGAGAUUCAAGCUGCGAUUGGUGCUUUUCAGAACUUUUCCGAGAGCUCGUCGACGGUCAGUGCGGCGUUUGCGAGUACUGGUGAUGAUGAUCGUGAGAUGGGGAUCCUAGCUGCGAACAAGAAACUGCUAGAUGCCGGUGUGCAAGUCAUGCAUUAUUACGGUGAUGCUGACUUUGUAUGUAAUUGGAUAGGAGGGGAAGUUGUUGCAGGGAAGAUUGGCGCGGAGGGAUUCGACGAGGCUGGUUUUGUGGAUGUACAGACUUCUGACGGGGUUGUGCAUGGACAAGUUAAACAGGCUGGGCUGUUCUCGUUUGUGCGAGUUUACGAGUCUGGCCAUGAAGUACCUUUCUACCAACCUCUAGCCUCCCUCGAGAUCUUCACUCGCGCCCUCAACAACACCGAUAUCUCCACUGGCCUUAUAUCACUCCUUCCAUUCGACGACCAGACAUACUCGUAUAAGACCGUGGGUACACCAACGAGCGAAUACAAGGAAGGAAACGCGACGGUUCAGUUCGACGUCACGCCUAAGAACGCGACAUACAACACUAAGCUUAACGCUCCUGAUCCCGUGCCGACAUGGGGUGCUGCUGCCGGGGGAUCUGAUAAGGUGAAGCGUGAGAGUGCGGGAACGAGGAAGAGAAACGACAUGUUAGGACGGCAAAGACAGAGACAGAGGCGGGUUAGGGGUGAAAGGAUGGGAAGCCCGGGGAGAUUUGGUUGA